AACACCAGCUGACAGGACAUAAAGUUGCCGUAAAAAUUUUAAAUAGACAGAAAAUUCGGAGUUUGGAUGUGGUUGGGAAAAUCAAGAGAGAAAUUCAAAACCUAAAACUCUUUCGGCACCCUCAUAUUAUCAAGCUAUAUCAGGUCAUCAGCACUCCAACUGAUUUUUUCAUGGUAAUGGAAUAUGUAUCUGGUGGCGAAUUGUUUGAUUACAUCUGUAAGCAUGGACGCGUGGAAGAUGCAGAGGCUAGACGCCUUUUCCAGCAGAUUCUCUCUGCAGUGGAUUACUGUCACAGGCAUAUGGUUGUCCACAGAGACCUGAAACCAGAGAAUGUGCUGCUGGAUGCACACAUGAAUGCCAAGAUAGCUGAUUUUGGGUUGUCGAACAUGAUGUCAGAUGGUGAAUUUCUGCGAACCAGCUGUGGCUCCCCAAACUAUGCAGCACCUGAAGUCAUCUCCGGAAGGUUGUAUGCUGGCCCUGAGGUGGAUAUCUGGAGUUGUGGUGUUAUUCUCUAUGCUCUUCUCUGCGGGACGCUGCCAUUCGACGAUGAACAUGUUCCCACGCUCUUUAAGAAGAUCCGUGGAGGUGUUUUCUACAUCCCCGAAUAUCUCAACCGUUCAGUUGCCACUCUCCUCAUGCACAUGCUGCAGGUUGACCCACUCAAGCGAGCAACCAUCAAGGACAUAAGAGAACACGAGUGGUUUAAACAAGACUUGCCCAGUUAUUUGUUUCCAGAGGAUCCUUCUUACGAUGCCAAUGUCAUUGAUGAUGACGCAGUGCGGGAAGUUUGUGAGAAGUUUGAAUGCACGGAGUCGGAGGUGAUGAACAGUUUGUAUAGCGGUGACCCACAAGACCAGCUUGCAGUAGCUUACCACCUUAUUAUUGACAAUCGGAGAAUCAUGAACCAAGCCAGUGAGUUCUACCUCGCCUCUAGUCCGCCCACUGGCUCAUUUAUGGAUGACAGCACUAUGCACAUACCUCCAGGGGUGAAACCACACCCAGAGCGGAUGCCUCCUUUAAUAGCAGACAGUCCCAAAGCACGGUGUCCCUUGGAUGCACUGAAUACUACCAAGCCAAAACCUCUGACUGUGAAAAAAGCCAAGUGGCAUCUAGGAAUCCGCAGUCAAAGCAAACCGUAUGACAUUAUGGCUGAAGUGUACCGAGCUAUGAAACAGCUGGAUUUUGAAUGGAAGGUGGUGAACGCCUAUCAUCUUAGAGUGCGUCGAAAGAACCCGGUGACCGGGAAUUAUGUGAAAAUGAGUUUACAGCUUUACCAGGUUGACAAUCGCAGCUAUCUUUUGGACUUUAAAAGCAUUGAUGAUGAUGUCAUGGAGCAGAGGUCAGGCUCCUCCACACCACAGCGCUCAUGCUCUGCGGCUGGUUUGCACAGACCAAGACUGAGUAUUGAUUCUACCACUGCUGAAUUCCAGUCGCUUACUGGAUCCCUGACUGGCUCCUUGAUUGGGAGUGUGGCCUCCGUUACUCCACGCCUGGGAAGCCACACCAUGGAUUUUUUUGAAAUGUGUGCCAGUCUGAUCAUGGCAUUAGCUCGCUGAUGCUCAGUGCUGAGUCCCAUCCCUCGUCACGCGUGAUUGCACUGAAAAUCUGGUCCUAGGUUGUUUCUUUUUCCGUUGGUUUUGUCGUAUCCUGGGCAUAGUGUACACUGUAGUGCAACCCCCCCCCACCCCAAGACCCAAUACUCCCUUCAGUGGAUCCAGUUCCCAUUACAAAGCACUGAGGGAACUAGAAACAGGCUUGUCUCAUUUAUUACACUAGUUUCACCACAGUAUAAACCAAACUGCUUUUACUAGUGAAGAUGAAUGGGAAAAAACUGGGCAUGGCUUUAAAACAGUAACUGCAUCAGUAAACAACCCUUCCCUAAGUGCUAUCUGUCUCUACUUACGGAAACUUGGCUAGCCUCAAUAUCUACAAUAUGGGUAUUCUCUAGUGACAUCUAUAGUGCAUCCCCUCUGCUAUUCAAGGGGGCUCACUAGGGUGAACCAGACGAAAGGUAUAGACAAGUAACUAUAUUAAACA